AAGCCACGCCCCUCCUUUCUGCAGAGCUCUUGACCUCUGAACUAAGAUUGCUUGACUGAAGGAGAAAGUGUGUGUGUAGGGACCAACUCACGGCCUGUAUAGGAUGUCUGCUAUUGUGAGAACGGUCCUAAGGCGGAGGGGAUGUUAUAGGAGGCCUAUCAGUGCUGGUUUGCUGAGCAGGAGAGGAUAUGCAACCAAGGAUAGGAAGACAUUUGACAAGAUCCUGAUUGCAAACCGUGGAGAAAUUGCUUGCAGGGUGAUGAAGACGUGUAAGGAGAUGGGGAUAAAGUCUGUGGCCAUUUACAGUGACGCUGAUGCUCAGGCCCUGCAUGUGCGUAUGGCUGAUGAGGCGGUGAGGGUGGGCCCAGCCACAGCCACUGAGAGUUAUCUCAACAUGCCUGCCAUUCUCGAGGCAGUGGAGACCACUGGAGCACAAGCCGUGCACCCAGGCUACGGGUUCUUCUCAGAGAAUAGCGUCUUCUUUGAUGAGUUGGAGCAUCGAGGAGUCACAUUCAUUGGUCCGGCCACACACGCCCUCUCUGUCAUGGGGGACAAGUUAGAGAGCAAGAGGACGGCCAUGGAGGCACAAGUGAACACUGUCCCUGGGUUUGAUGGCAUCGUAAAGGACGCAGACGAGGCUAUCAAACUAGCCAAUGAGAUUGGUUACCCGGUGAUGCUGAAGGCAAGUGCAGGAGGUGGGGGGAAGGGAAUGAGGAUAUCUUGGAAUGAUGAGGAGACACGACAAGGAUUCCACUUAGCAACAGAGGAGGCCAAGUCAGCUGUCAAGGACGACAGACUGCUCAUAGAGAAAUUUGUGGACAAGUCUCGUCAUAUUGAGAUUCAGGUUUUGGGAGAUAAACACGGGAAUGCGAUUCAUUUGAAUGAGAGAGAGUGCUCCAUUCAGCGCAGGAACCAGAAGGUUGUUGAAGAGGCGCCAAGCACGUUUAUUGACCCUGGGACCCGGAGUGCUAUGGGGGCACAGGCCGUGGCUCUGGCCAAGGCUGUGGAUUACAGCUCAGCAGGGACUGUUGAGUUUCUGGUUGACUCUAGUAAAAACUUCUACUUCCUGGAGAUGAACACUCGCCUGCAAGUGGAGCACCCCAUCACUGAGCUCACUACUGGGGUGGACAUUGUCGAGCAGAUGAUCUACUCAGCAGCAGGCCACCCCCUGUCUCUGACACAGGAUGAUAUUGGAGUGAAUGGAUGGGCCAUCGAGGCGAGGGUUUAUGCUGAGGACCCAGUCCGGUUCUUGCCCUCCAUUGGCUACCUCUCCACCUACAUUGAGCCUACGGAAAGACCAGGACUGGAAAAUGUGCGAGUGGACACUGGUAUAGUGGAGGGCAGCACCAUCAGCAUGUAUUACGACCCUAUGAUCUCAAAGCUGUGUACGUACGGUGAGACUAGGGACGAGGCGCUGGCUACAAUGGCCAAGGCACUGGACAACUAUUGCAUCAGAGGAGUCAACCACAACAUUCCUAUAUUGCGUGACAUCAUCACUCAGCCCAGCUUCAUAAAGGGUGACAUCACCACCAACUUUAUCAACGAUGUCUACCCUGAUGGCUUUCAAGGACGGACUCUGAACUCUGAGGAGACUGAUGAGCUGAUAGCAGCUGCAGCGUUCAUGCAUGUGAGGAGGGAGGAGUUAGCACGACAGUUCCUCAACCAAGACAGACAAUCCGAGGACAUUGACAUUACUCCAGAGAGUUGGGAUCUAGUAGUCACACUCAACAAGGAGCGCUAUCCUGUCACCACGAGCUGGGAGAUGGAUGGUGGGUUCACCGUGGAGAUGGACAAUGGGCGAAGGAUGGAGCUGAGCACUGAUUGGUCAGUGGGAGAGCCCAUGAUGCUGGCUAACAUCAACGGCAAAGACGUCACAGUACAGUAUGAGAGCCGCAGAGGUCGGAGGCUCUACCUGAGGCACUAUGGUGACAAGCACUCUGUUGUGGUCCAGUCUACUCGCAGUGCUGAGCUAGCUGGCCAUGUUCUCGACAAAUCUGCCGAGAGUCAGCUGAACAUUCUGCGUGCCCCUAUGCCGGGUGUGGUUAAGUCCAUCCUGUGUGUGGCUGGGGAGUCGGUGGCGGAGGGGGCCAACAUUGUCACUCUGGAAGCCAUGAAGAUGCAGAACCCCCUCUUUGCUCCCAUGUCAGGAAUAGUGAAGGAGGUGUUUGUGCGUGAGGGGGACAGCAUUGGAGAGGAUGAGGUCAUUCUGGAGUUCUACCCACAAGAGCAAGAGAGCAAGGCCCAACAAAAACAGUAACUAAUUAGAUCAUUGUGAACCUUUCUAUUACUUUUGUGAAUACUGUGCUAUUGCUUCUGUUGAUGUCA